AGCGGCUGCGUGGUGAAAUGCAGUCGAGCACUGACUGGCAGUUUUCUUGACACCAACCCCUGAAGACUCUGUGCGUGGGCGAGUGUCUGCAAAGCUAUCAUCUUCCUACUCGAAAUAGAGCUAGCACCUCCGCUUUUGGUCGAUGCAGGUGUAUCUCUACUCGUCCACCGCUUCCUCUCGUUCACCGACAGCACUCUCAAUAGAGUGCACAGAACCCCACAGCUGCGAUGUCGUCCACUAUAGAUACCCUUCUGUCGUAUUUGCGCGUCCCUGUUCUGGCGUCCUCUGGAUUAGCGGCGGUACUCAGUGGCCUCCUUUACUUCAAGCAAAACGAGAUAAUCUACCCUCGAAACAUCCCCGCUGGCUCGCGGACCGAUGUACCAAAGCCCCCACAGUUUGGAAUAUCUGAUUUCGAAGAAUUGAUGAUUCCAACCCCCGACGGAGAAUCACUGAGCGCAUUCCUCAUUCGACCAUCCAACAAACAGCUUGCUAUACACACAACCAUCUUGAUGUUUCAUGGAAAUGCAGGAAACAUUGGAUAUCGACUGCCUAUCGCUAAGGUGUUAGAAGAAGACAUGGGAUGUAACGUCCUGAUGCUGCAAUACAGGGGCUAUGGCCUCUCUACAGGCACUCCAAACGAAAAGGGCCUCAUGAUAGACGCACAAACAGGCAUAGACUAUAUCAGGAAGCGAGCCGAGCUAAGCGGGACAAAGAUUGUGUUGUAUGGGCAAAGCUUGGGAGGUGCCGUUAGCAUUGGGCUCGCUGCGAAGAACCAAAAGCAAGGUGACAUUGCUGGAAUGAUUCUUGAAAACACAUUUCUCUCGAUCCGGAAACUCAUUCCAAGUGCCUUUCCUCCAGCCCGGUACCUAGCGCCUCUAUGCCAUCAGAUAUGGCCUAGCGAAGAGACUCUGCCACAAAUAAGCAGCAUUCCUAUAUUGUUCCUGAGUGGCCUCAAGGACGAGAUUGUACCGCCUUCGCAUAUGGCGCAGCUAUAUAAGUCAUGCCGGGCAAGCACAAAGAUCUGGCGAGAUCUCCCAAACGGCACUCAUAAUGACACGGUUGCUGAGCCUGGUUAUUUCGAGUACAUCGACGAGUUUCUUAAACAACACGUCCUUCGAACUGAACCCAUUCGACGAGCCAAGUAUUGAGAAUGACAUACCACGAUUCGAGAGAUAGCAAGUAUAGUCGAACUUUGUCCAGGAACAAAAUCAAAUGCAAUCCUGGUACCAAUACCUGCUAGCAUAAGCAGAUGGUAAGACGAGAGGGCGGUUGAACAUUCGCAGAACGCUAUUACAUGAUACCCAGCUGCGUGGAGUUAAGCCCAGCGGCAUCAUUGCUGGUUAGUAGCAGGGUAGGCAAUCCGUUCCCGACGUCUAUGCGAUUGGAUUUCCAGUAAGGCAGGCAUUUACGAUACAGCGCCCUCGCAUAGUACUACACAUAUAACACAACUACCAGGUGCUCCGACUCCUUUUGGAGCCCUGCCACAACUCAACUGCUCACUAGUACGCCCAACGCCCGAGAAUUCAGUUUUGAUGAUGAUAUGGUAUUAGAUUGGAUAUUGCCCGCCUGGGCAUUAUGUGCUAUCAGGUGCAAGUUCCAUCGCUUC